AUGGCAAAUAAAAAGACGACUAAAGAGAAUAAUAACUAAUCAUUUUAAGUGGACAACAACGAAAAGAUGCCAAGCUUUAUGCAUUCAUUAUUUGAUUCUGAUGAAAAAAGUGUUAUUGCAGAAAAAUCAAAUGAAAGAAGCAAAAAAUCUGAAAAAAAAAAAGUAGAAAGGAUCUCAGCAAUUCAAGUAUAAAAGGCAAGGGAUAAGCUUUAAAAGAGAAAUAAACCGAUGUCAAAAGUUUUAUAAGAAAUUAGAUAACUAUAAGCAUCAAGUGUAUUGGUUUGCCGCCGAGCAGGAUUUUAAAGGUUUGUAAGGCAGACAGGAAUCAAGGUAUCGGAUGAACUUGGGUUUAAAGAAUUUAGAUAUUCUAGUAAAUCCUUAGAAUGUCUAUAAACAUUAACUGAAUAAUACAUGGUAGAUUUAUUCGAAGAUUCUGUAUAGUGUACCUUUCAUGCGAAAAGGGUAACAUUGAUGGCAAAAGAUUUAAAUUUAACAGCAAGAAUUCGAGGAAUAGAGCAACCACUUCAAGAAAUAAGAAAUCUUAAACUUCGUUGA